UUGAAAAAGUUCGUUUAAUAAAAAUAAUAUUUCUUACUACUGAAAAUCUUUUACAAACAAAGAAAAAAAAUGAUAUGCAUCUUCUGUCAUAUCACAAUUAGGAGAAUCGACAAUGUUUUUUCGGUGUAAAUCAUAGUUAAGCAAACAGUUAUAUUUUAUUUUUUACUCUUUGAUGAAAUAAAAACAAAGGGAUUAGAUCGUACCCUUGUAACAACACGUCACGCUAUUCAUCCAUGAACUUUGCUUUUGAUUACUUCAGAUUACAAACAUCAUUGAUUUUAUGAAAAUAUUUUUUUAAAAAUCUGUUCCUUAAAAGUUCAUUUUCUAUGAUAAAUGAAGUGCACCCUAGCAUGUAAUAUUUUAAACUUUUCAUUGUGAAGUGUGCAUAUAUAUAAGUAUAGUUCACAGGCAUUUAUAUCUGCAAUAUAUUAUGUCGCUUGGGUUCGAAUUUAGUACUCUUAAAUAGUAAAUUCGAUCCAAAGCGAUAUAAUAUUGCCUAUUGUACAACCUAGUUUUAAACACGUGUUUCUCCGUCACGUCCGGCCUUGUACCGCGACAGCAAAACAUACGUUAAUUAUGACGUUUUUAUUUAUGACGUUAUUUUUUAUUUGAAAACGCGCUAGGACACAAGCAAUGCCAUGCCCGAAUUCAAAUAUUUUAACAACGGGUAAGUAAAAUCAAUAUUGUGGUAAAAAGGUAUUCAAAGUAAUAUCAUUAAUCAAAGGUCGUUGAGUUAUGCUUCAUUUUUAGAGUUUCGGAGCCUUUGAUUACUACACGUGAUGCCUGCCUUUACGGUCCUUUGAUCCUGAGUAUUGGAACGAUACUGUCUUUGGGACUUGGUCCUUCUGUAGAGGUGGACGAUGUUCUACUUGGUGUUUUAGCAGAACAGGUUUUAUUUGCAGCAACUCUUUUCGUGUGCAUGAAUAUUGUGCAAGGCUUCUAUCCAGUGGUGAGCUGCCACGAUGAGGAGAAUAUAACGUCACAUUCUUCACCAAGUUCUGAAGACGUAAUGUUCACGCAUGCCUGUUCUCAAACAGAAGACAGAAACUAUAAACUGGAGACAAUGGCGAUGAAACAAAGAUACGGCAGAAAAAUGCAGAAGUUAGCCAGGGAAUAUCGGGCCACAAGGCUGACGUUUGGAAAAAAAAUCACAGACUUACGCCAAAAGACUAAGUCCACAGACAAAGAACUCAGCAUCCUACAGUUACAGAUCCCCACCCUCGCCAAUGAGAGAUCCGCCCUUCUGUUGGAAGUAGAGGCGGUGGAUAAACAACUGACAGAGGAAAAGUACCGUUAUGAUACUCUGAUGUCCAAAUACAAAACGUUCCAUUCACAGCUCCUGCAGAGCGGAAUUGCUGCAAUGAUGUCUGUUAAUUUAACACAGAACAACAACGCGGACGCGAUGACGUCCAUUGAUUCUGUUUCUGACCAAUAAAUCCUUUAAAUGUAGUGUACAUAUAGUUUACAGACAAAAAGCCCAGCUAGAGAUGAAGUCAGCUGGGAUCGCUUAACGACUCAAGACCACGCCACGAUUGUCCUUAAAUUGCGGUCAAUUUUUGGUUCCUAUUUGAAUAUUUGGUCCAUGAUGACCUUCAACAUAGGAACAUGUCUUCCAUCAAUUCAAGGUGACUGACAAACAUUGUAAAAUUUAUUGCUGUGAUAUUAAUCAUUGCUAUUAUGUAAUGAUACUUUAAGUAUUAGGCAGUGCAUGCAUAAGUACUCUUAGUCCCAGUACGGGUUUAUGGAGCGCCAAAUUAACAUAA